AUGGAUAUAUCCGAUCUAGACUUUGACUUAGAUAUUUACCAAAAAGACUUACAACAUAUUGAAGCACUAGAAUCUAGUAUUUUUAGUGAGAUACGCAAUUUUUCCGAGGAAGAAAUUAGUAACGAUGCUAUCCUACCAACAAAAAAACGUUACCGUCGUGUGAUUGGAAGUAGCUCCGAAAGUGAAUCGGGGUCGGUUGAAAAUUAUAUCUCUAAUCAAAUUGCUCGUAUAGAAAAAACAUCUAAUUCAGUACAAAAAUGGACACGACCACGAGGACAUCAACCAUCCGUCAUAGCAUUCACGAAACCAACUGGUAUGAAGCAACCAUAUGCGAGAGAAUUGAAAAAUAGUGCAGCGGGAGAAUAUUUCAGUGUUUUGGUCCCAGACAGUCUUUUUGAGACGAUUGCAAACGAAACAAAUUUGUUUGCACAGCAAUCGCUAUCAAAAACCUUAAAACCUAAGUCUCGAGCAAAUGAGUGGAAACCGACAUCAAAAGAUGAGAUUAAACAAUUAUUUGGGUUAAUCCUGUACAUGGGACUGGUGAAACUUCCUCAAAUAAAUUUAUACUGGAGUAAAGACAGGGUGUUCGGGCAACAUUUUCCAGCCACUGUUAUGAGCAGGAACCGAUUUGAAUUGCUUUUGAGAAUGAUUCACUUCACUGAUAAUGAGACAGCGGGCAAAUCCGACAGAAUUUUUAAAAUUCGACCCCGACCAAAGCUUUGA